AUGCGCCAUGACCUUCAUUGUGAGUCUCAACGCCCGCCCUCGUCCGGAAUCACAUGCCCGCCUCCUCAAGCGCCACGCAUGCGGCCGCAGACGGCAUGCAUCAAGGCAUCUCGCCAGCUGUCUGCCGCCCGUGCUGGCUCGCCCGUCACUCCCUUAUGGCCAGCCGCAGUGGCCUUAGCUCGAGCUGCGACCUAUCGCGGCUCGCUGCUGUCCUAUUGCUUGCGUCGCUGUCGUCACCACUUCCCUGUUGCAUCCCUCCUGCUGCGCUCUGCACACCAUGUCCGCUCACCGCCUCGCAAUCUGGGGUCGGUGCUGCGUUUCGAGUGCCACCUGAGCCUGUCGAGAUGGCAGACGGCAUUAUUAAUCCCGUCGCUGGGUGGUUGCCGGCUUCAGCUGCUUGCCCGGCUCCCCUGGGGCUCGGGAGAUUCCGCUAGAGUUCCCAGGGUCGCCGGCCACGUUGAAGAGCGGCGUCCUCCCGGCAUCCACCUCGUUGUGUUUUUUUUUUUUGACAUUUGA